CCGGUUACAACUUACAAUAUUAUUACUCUGACUUUAGGAUCCCCGGGCCUGAUGCCUUUUUAUUUACUGAUCUGACUCGUCUCCUUUGCUGUUGAAAGAAAGAGUCGCUGAGCUGAAGCGUUGGUUUAGAGAAAAAGGUGACAGGAGAAAAUGGCUGCUUUAGUAGAAUCGACCCAAUCUCAGUUCAUGACCGGCACCGGUAAUCGGAGCCUCCCCAGUGAGCCACUCAUUGAAUACGACCAGAUUGUCGUUGCUGAUGUCAGUCUCUCUUUCUCUCACCCAUGACAACAUACAGUGCUCUAUCGUGUUUCUUGGGGAAAAAAUCACGUCUUGAAGAGUAUUGUCGUGUUCCUCUUCGUAAAAAUGAUAAUCUAUGAAGGAUAGGCUUUAUGGUUCAUCCCAUUCCAUCUUGAUUGAAAUAUGCUUCCAAGGGCAUCCAGAAGUCUGGGUUUGACAAGUAGUAAUUAUUUGUUCAAGUAUAGCCCUAGCCUAAGAAAACUUCUAGUUCGUGUCUAUUGGCCUCAUAGGUUAAAUUAUUAAACAUUGUUUAAUCAAACCAAGUAAAUGUAAAACAUCAAGUUCAUUGGCUUUACUGUUCUUCCAUCACUCUAACCGAAAGAAGCAAUUCUUUUUUGCAUUAUAUUUUACAUGUUUAGACGGUUCUCAUCCAUCCACCUAAAAUAUGCCACGGUUUAGUAAAAUGAAAUUGGCUGAGAGGACGAUUCGUAUUUAUCCACAUAAAAAGAAGAUGCUUGCAAAAGAGUCGCUUAGAGUUUAUGUGUCUGUGACUCGGUGCUAUGAUGCUAUCAUUUUCCUUUCAUUCAAUGGGAAUACAAAUAAAGAAAACGGAACAUAUUCUGAUAUUAAAUUAGUGGAAUUGCCUCUGUUUCUUCUUCUUCUUCUUUUGGUGGGUUCCCUUUUGUUUGUCUGUUAUCUACUGACCACUCUUUUCUUGGUCUUGACAUGAGAAUACUUUUUACACCUGGACUCUGUCUAUUCUUUCUUUGUGUUAAAGAUUUUCAUGGACCUGAUGAACUCGAUGUCUGAUCAUGUUCUUCUGUUUGUAAUUCAUAUAACGGGUAUCAGGUAGGGCCCAUUUGGGGAUAGUACUAUUCUCAUUUAAAAAUCAUUUCUAGUUAUCUUUCAGUAUGUUUAGUGUCAGGAGUGAACCUUUUUUCUAGUCGUAUGUGUUUGUUAAAUUUUAUGGUGCAUGCUGCGAAGAUAACUGAACAUGAUAUGAAUAUCACUAAGACGAGCUGGAAAAACUUCUUUGCAUAUUUGGGUCCAGGCUUCCUUGUUUGUAUAGCUUACAUUGACCCAGGAAACUUUCAAACAGACCUACAGGCCGGGGCCCAAUACAAAUAUGGGUUACUGUGGAUCAUACUAUUGGCAUCAUUUGCAGCCCUUCUAAUCCAAUCACUUGCAGCAAACCUCGGAGUUGUCACAGGGAAGCAUUUAGCAGAGCACUGUAGAAAGGAAUACCACAAGGUGCCAAAUUUCCUCCUAUGGGUUCUUGCCGAAGUUGCCAUUGUUGCAUGUGACAUUCCUGAAGUGAUUGGAACGGCAUUUGCUUUGAACAUGCUCUUCAAAAUACCUCUGUGGUGUGGUGUACUUAUCACAGGAUUCAGCACAUUGGUUCUGCUGCUGCUACAACAAUAUGGGGUGAGGAAGCUUGAGAUAUUCAUAGCAUUCUUAGUGUUCACUAUCGUGGUGUGCUUUUGUGUGGAGCUUGGAUACGCAAAACCAGAAUCAUCUGAAGUUGUUGAAGGGCUGUUUGUUCCUCAACUCAAGGGAACCGGGGCUACCAAGCUUGCCAUUUCCCUUCUUGGUGCUAUGGUUAUGCCGCACAACCUCUUUCUCCAUUCCGCUCUCGUGCUUUCAAGAAAAAUCCCAAGAUCUACAAAUGGAAUUAAUGAGGCAUGCACAUGUUACAGGAUCGAGAGUGGCAUAGCCUUAAUAGUGGCGUUUAUUAUUAACAUUUGUGUCAUCUCGGUAAGCGGCGCAGUUUGCAAUUCCCCGGAUUUGAGCAAGGAGUAUCGGGACAGCUGCUCUGACCUGGACCUCAACAAAGCCUCUUUUUUACUGAAAAAUGUUUUAGGCAAUUGGAGUUCAAAGAUUUUUGCGAUUGCAUUACUAGCAUCGGGACAGAGCUCUACAAUAACGGGGACUUAUGCUGGACAAUAUGUUAUGCAGGGGUUUCUUGAUUUAAGGUUGAAGCCUUGGAUUAGGAACAUGCUUACUCGGGGCUUAGCCAUUGUUCCAAGUCUAGUAGUUUCAAUCAUUGGUGGCUCAGCUGGGGCGGGUGACUUGAUCAUUAUUGCAUCGAUGAUCUUAUCGUUUGAGCUCCCAUUUGCCCUCAUUCCAUUGCUCAAGUUCACCAGCAGCAACACCAAGAUGGGCUCACAUGCCAACUCCAAAGUUAUUUCUGCAAUCACUUGGGUAGUCGGGACGUUGAUCAUGGGAAUCAACAUCUAUUACCUAGGGGAGAAAUUAGUUACCACCCUCAAGACGAGCCAUUUUAAGGUCGCGAGCAAGCUGUUGUGCGGAGUCUUGGGCUUCUCAGCAUUACUGGUCUACUUGAGUAGCAUUGCGUACCUAGUCAUUAGGAAGAACAAGGAACGGACCAACCUUCUCGCGCUUACAAACGAGGCAGGCUACCCAGGGAGGAUAUUCUAAGCAUGCAAUUGCCUGAGAGGUGGAGUGGAGGCCUAAAUACCUAGUAGUAUAAGUGGGAUGAAAGGCCGGGUAUGAAGUAUAUAUAUAUGAUGAACAGAGCAAAAUGUGUGGAGUGAACUUAUAGGGCAGCCACUUUGCUCGUUCAAGUCUUAUUUUCCUUUCAAUACUCGGCUUUCAUUUUAGCAACAGAUGAUGACUUCAUAUGUUGGGACUUGGCAUGGGAGGAGUCAUAGUUGAAUAACCCGCGUUAGAGUUGAAUAACCCGCGUUGUACAUUAUUCCUCCCACAAUUGCAAUAUAAUACCCCACUUUUGAACGUUU